CCCUACAAUUUGGCGGGAGUGGUCAAUUUGGCGGGAGUUGAAUGAGAGUGGAGCUGAGGAGUAUAAAAAGGGGGGCUGGGGGCAAAACAAUUGAAAACUAGGGCACAGGAAAAAACCCUAACACAAGGGGACAAGAGAGAAUAUGCUGACCGGAAGAGAAAGUCUGAUUAGACUAAUCGGGAAACGACGUCGUUACCUCCCCAAUCGCCACUCUAUUCUCUCCACCCCCAUCUCAGAGUCACAGAGCUUUUUAACCGUCUCUGAUGAGAGAAAUGGAGGAGAAGGAUCUUCGUGUUCGAAUGCGGUGGCUUCUGAUUGGGUGACUUGUCCCGUUUGUCACAAUAAUAUCCGAGGCGAUGAUCGAACUAUCAAUUCUCAUCUAGAUAAUUGUCUAGCUAGAGGCACUAAACGAAAACUGAGCCAGCGUACCCUCCUUGAUUUGAACUUUUCGCGGGAAUUCAACAAGUCAGAACAUACUGAAGGUAUUAUUGUGCAGACUAGUCAUGAGAACGAUGUGUGUGGCACUCGCAACAAUUCUGGUGACUCUGUUGCUGAAGAAAGUACCAGCCUAGAAUGCAAAAUGCACACAAUUAGAGAUUAUAUUCUAAAUACACCUGCUAGUUCUUCUGAAGAAAACCCAGUGCUCAAUGGAAAAUUGAAUUAUAUAGCUAGCAGCCCUUCAAUUUCCCCUCAGAUUUCUAGACCACAGAGUGCUGAAUCUGUGGAUGACAUAUAUGGAUACAACCUUAUGACUUCUAUCGUAGCCCGGAGAUUUUGUGAUAAGGUGGAGCUUAAUCCUGGGGAAGCUAUAUCUCUUAUGAGAGAUCCUAGUAACGCCAAAGAUCCUAAUGCAAUCAAGGUUCUUGUUGAAGAUCCUGAAAGUACUAAAACAGUUGGUUUUCUACCUCGAGAUUUGGCCCAAUAUCUAUCUCCUUUAAUGGAUAAAUUUGGCCUGUGCUUUGAGGGCUCCAUUACAUAUGUUCCUGAUCGUGCCCUUGCUGCUAUUCCAGUUCAGAUUGUUUGUUGCAAGAAGAUACUUGUAGGUGAAAAAGAAUGUGAAGAUAAUCAACUUUUCAACUCCUUGUGGAAGCAUGUUUUAAAUGUUGUCGAAAUAGAGAAAACUUGUCCUAAUAAUAUUAAGUACCAGCAUAACUUUGUCUUGAUGUUGCAAGAGGUUUUAAGGACUAAUCCUCAUUUAAUCACAGCCGAUGAGAAGACGUUUUUGGAAUCGUUCUUAUCACUUUCGGAUGAUGGUCAGAGACUUUUUGUUCGGCUAUAUACACGGAAAGGUCCAUGGUUUCGGUUGGUCAACAUUUCCUACAAUGAAAUUCUGGAUUGCCGAUUGGCAGCAAAAGAGCUUUCUGUAGCAGGUUAUGUUUGUUUGAUUGAAUCGAAGGAUGAUAUUCACAAGGAUGACCUAGAAGAGGUUUUAAAUAUGCUGGCUGUUGGUGACCUCCGUGAAAUAAUUAGUACUAUGAAUAAGAAUAGCAAACAUGGUGGCUCAAGAAAGCAAGAUCUUAUUGCAUUGCUCACUUCAACAUGUGAAGAUAAAUUAUGUGCGAUAUUUGAGAAAACUGGAGUCUGUAUACGAAUAUCUCCAAAAGCUGAGUCCCUUGUUUGGCGUGUUGAGAGGCUUUUCUUCUUAAACGGGGAGCUGGAUCUGUCUACGUUUUUGCUCGUAGAUAUGGGGAUUAUCAAAUAUCCAACUUAUAAUUGCAUUAUAUCAGACCAAAUAUUUUCUAGCCGAGAUGAUCUCCUUUCAUAUGAAGAGGCCAUUGAAGUGGCGCAGAUUAUGGAUCAAGCUCUCGAGGAAAACAACCGUGACUUAAUUCUGAGAUGCAUUGAUUUAUCUGAUUCGCGAAUCCAAGCUUCUACAGUGAGAAUACAUGAAUCGUCACUGGUACCAUUUUUUUCACGUUUUUCAUCUUCUUGGGUCUACUCAAAGGUGGUUCUGUUGGGGGUCUCCUUCCUUGAGCAGGAGAAUAGGUACAUUGAAGCAAUAAGAUUGCUCAAGCGCUUGCUUCUUAAUUUCACUUCUGAUAAAAGAAGAGGAUACUGGACUCUGAGGCUGUCAAUUGACUUGGAACAUUUAGGGCGCCCCAAUGAGAGUCUUACAAUUGCAGAAAAGGGGCUGCUUGACCCCUGGGUUCGAGCUGGUACAAGAAUCUCACUGCAGAGGAGAGUUUUACGCUUAGGGAAACCACCAAGGCGUUGGAAAACUCCAAGCUUUUCAGAAUCUGUACAGAGGAAGAUAACCGAGGUUCAUGUGCAAGGGAGACCAUUAAAUUGUGUGACGGGGACAAAGAGCAGGUUUUAUGGUGAAGAUGGAGAACAAUGUGGAGUAGAGCAGCUCGCUCUGCAAUAUUAUGCCGGAGAAGGUGGUGGUUGGCAGGGUAUUCAUGCAGAAAGUGGUGUUUGGUUGACUAUAUUUGGACUACUAAUGUGGGAUAUUAUAUUUACUGAUAUGCCUAAUGUCUUCCGCAACUUGUAUCAGGUUCUUGCUAGCUGCAUGUACUAUUUUUUGUAUAAGACUGCACCCUUGGAUAUGGACACAGAUAGCUUCUAUGAAUCAAGAAAGAGCCUCAUAGAAUCACUGCUAGAAAAGGUUCAGAAUGGUAUGGCUGAGGAGAUUCUCAUCACUUCGUGGGAAUCACAUUUUGGAACAGCAUGCCGAGGCGUGAAGUGGGACAACCACUCUCUUUCUGAUCUUCGUGCAAUUGUUACUUGCAUAGGGGGUCCCUGUCUGGCCUCGAUUUGCCGACAUUUGGCUCAAGAUUAUCGCAGCUGGUCUAAUGGAAUGCCUGAUUUAUUGUUAUGGCGAUUCCAUGGAGAUUACAAUGGUGAGGCAAAGCUUGUUGAAGUUAAAGGGCCCAGGGAUCGGCUUUCUGAACAGCAGCGUGCAUGGCUUCUCUUCUUAAUGGAUGCUGGUUUCAAUGCUGAAAUUUGCAAAGUGAGACCACUCCUUUAACCCAAAGGUACAAUAAUAUGAAAUUACAAUGCUUAAACUACAAUUGACCUCUUGUCCCGGCGGUAUCUGCCUCAAUUCCUUCAGAGUUCAAGUCUUUAAAUCUUGGCAAAGACAAGGUGGGUGUGAGUGCAUUUGAUUAUCAGAAAGAAUGCUUAAACUGCACUUUCUUAUGGGUUGGGAAUUGACGGGGAAAGUCCAUGAACAUAAAGAUUGGAACUGGUACAACUGCAGAACAACAUGAAACUCGGUUUUUUGCUUUCCAGAUGAUUGUGCUGAUUCCAAAGAUUGUGGUUGUAAUCAGAAUGCCCAUAUUCUCCGAUGCCAAUAUUAAUUCUGGAAGCUCGAAUAAACCUUGUAUUGUGUCGGAGUAAUUACUUUCAAAGCUUUGGCAUUUCUUGGUCUUCAAGCUGCUUGGAUUUUAGUCACUGACGAGAUACUCCAUGAACAUCAAGGUUGGAACAGGAACUGGAACUACAGAAUAAAUCGAAGCUGGGUCUUUUUUGGCUUUCCAGAUGAUUGUAGUGGUGAUCACUGAUCAAGAUGAACAAAUAUUCCCAAUAAUGUCAUUAUCAAUGCUGGAUGCUCGAAUAAACCCUGUACAAUAACUAUUUUGUAUAUUCUUUUAUAGACAUCCAUGCAAGUAUGCAACAGAUACUGUUGUAGAUGUU